GGCACCCCCGGAAGCGGCGUGCGGCGGGGCGCCAUGGCCGGCGGGGCCAUGGCGGGUGGGGAGGAUUCGCUUCGCGCUCUGCUCCGCGCCGCCAACGCGCUCCUGCAGCAGCGCCGCUACCACGCCGCGCUCGCCGUCAUCAAAGGCUUCCGAAACGGCGCCGUUUAUGGAGCCAAAAUCCGUGCCCCACAUGCCCUGGUGAUGACUUUCCUGUUCAAGAGUGGAAGUUUCAGGGAGAAGCUGAAGUCCAUUGCCCAGGCCACGUACGCCCACUCCCGGAACCUGGCUUAUUUUGUGUUCACCUACAAAGGGCUCCUGGCAGCCCAGUCCCAGCUGCAGGGGAAAAAAAUCCCAUUCCAUUCCUUCCUUGCAGCCUGCAUUGGGGGCUGGCUGGUGUUUGGUGACAACAAUCCCAUCAACAGCCAGAUCAUCAUGUACCUGCUGUCCCGCAUCCUGUUCGGGCUGUCCCGGCUGGCUGUGCAGAAGGGCUACAUCCCCCAGCCCAGGCAGGAUCCCUUCCCUCUGCUGGCUGCCCUGGUGUGGGGGACAGUCCUGUGGCUCUUUGAGUACCACAGGGACACUCUGCAGCCCUCCCUGCAGUCCUCCAUGACCUACCUGUACGAGGACAGUGAGGUGUGGCACGACGUGUCUGACUUCCUCAUCUACAACAAAAGGACACACAGCAAAAAAUAAAUCCCAGUGUCUGCAAUCAGCCUGGCAGCAGUGACCAUGACUUCUGCUUGUUUCAAAACUCCCUUUUUCUCCUGGGACUCUGUAAGGAAGCCCUGGCUGAGCUGCAGGGGGCAGCUGCCAUCCCUGCAUCCCAGCUCCUCCCUGCUCCCAAACCCCUGGGGCUCUGCUGACCGUUGCUUUCCCUGCUGGGCUGGGCCAGGACGUUAAGCUGCAAGUCAGUGCUUUCCCCAGGGAAGUAAUUGGGACAGCUCCUUAAUGACAUCAGCCCCCCUGGCUGUCCUGGGAGCAGAUAGCUGGGGAUGAGCCCCUUCUGCUGCCAAGGUGUUGGAACAAUGCAGGAGUGUCGUGGGGAAGUGAACUAGAAGUAAUUUGUCUGAGUCAGACUUUUGGGAUAUGUAAGUGACACUCCCUGCCCUCCCCCAGGGCAUUGUUUGGGGACUGGAGUGCCCUGUUUGGGUUCCUUUUUUUAUUAGCAUUAAAAGCAAAAGAAAUAAAGAGACAGUUGGGAAGCCACCUGCAGUAUGGCCAAGUGCUUAAGGAUCACAAAGAAGGGUCAUUUUCUCCCCCCAGCCCUGACUGGUUUUGAAUUUUAAGAUGAGCACCAGGUUGUUUGUCUACAAGAACUUUAUUUUCCUCAUUGUUAUUUUUUCCUUGACACCUGACUGAUGCUGAGUGUCUCUAAAGAGGAGCAGAGUCUCUGUCUUUGCUCAGUUUGUCACUCUGGAUAAAAUUGAAGUGUUUAAAAUGAUGCUUCUCCCUCAGAUUUUAAGCCUCUCUUAGAGGCAGUUUUAAAGGUUAAUGAAUCAAACUGAUCAAAAGUUUUCAGCAAUCCUGAGCUUUUCAAGCAGACUGACUAUCCUGGGCUAUUAAUCAUUUAUUUUAUGAAGGAACAAAGCAGGCUCAGGGUUAUUUACUGCUGCUGCCUGCUGCCCUGGCAUACCCACUGUGCUUCCCUUCCCUUUGGAGGACAGCUUGUGUGCUGGGCUGCAGAACCCUUUCCGGGACAAUUGCAUUAUUUAACAAAGGUGAAAAUGAGACAGCUGCCUGACAUUUGGGUUAGGGAAGCUUUUCUGGGCUGUGUUUGAUGCUGGCAGUGAAGGAGAGGGUGUUUGAACCUGUGUUUGGCCAUUCAGUGCUGCAGGGGAGGUUUGAGGAGGCUGGGCUGUGACCCUGUGUCUGUGAUGGGACAGUGCCUGGGACAGAACCAUCCCUGUGUCUGUGCAAUGACCAGAGAGCUGCCCUGCUCAGGGCAUUUAUCAGACAAUUAUGGGAUGGUUCAGGUUGGAUGGGACCUUAAAAACCAUCCCAGCCCCUGCCAUGGGCAGGGACACCUUCCUGUAUCCCAGGGUGCUCCAAGCCCCAUCCAGCCUGGCCUUGGGCACUGCCAGGGAUGGAGCAGCCCCAGCUGUGCCAGGGUGGGGAGGGUGCAGAGCACCUUUGAUAUUGGUGCUGUGAGACUUUCCUGCCCUGCUGGAGUAGGUCAGACUCUGCUUUACACCCAUCUGGGUGUGUGUGGAAGGGCAGAGAUGAUCCCUGGCUGCUGCCAGAGCCCCCUGUGCAGAGUGAGCUCUGCAGGCUGCUGGGAGCUGCCAUGGCUGCCUGCAUGGAGCCACCAAAGCCUGUGCAGAUCCCUCACCAGGAGAAGCUGCUGGGGAGCUCCAGCUCAUUUUCCCUGCAUCAGCACAAAGGUGACCUUUGGUUAAUGCCCCAAGCUGCUCCCUGUUUGCCAGGCUGUGUUUGUCUCCCUGGCCCAUGGCAGCCUGGAGCUGAAUGUGUUUUCUGAUGCUGCUUUUGAAACCCAACAGAUAAGGGAGGAGGGGAAAUAAGGCAUCAUGUCUGUCUGCCACUGUUAAUAUUUUUGGGGUGUUAAUCUUGAGUUUUCAACCUGUGUGUUCCUACCAGAUUGCUGGAGGAGGUAACUUUUUUCUUUAUUUAGAAGAACUUUCAUGUCUCUGCUGGUGAGGAGGGAGAAAAACAAACUAAAAGCUCUGUAAUACAGGUAUUAUUACCUCUGCUUUUGAGAUGUAUUUUGUAUUCAUAAUUACUGUGUAAUCCAGGCCUUGAUUUUCUGACAGCAUAGAAAAAAAAAUAAAGAACAUAACUCAGGUAACUUAUGUGACACUGAUCAGAAUGCUUGUAGAAAUAUCUUGGAUUUUGGGUUUAAAACAAUAAAAAGAGAGGGCAGGGGGUUGUUGAUGUGGCUCUGUCCACUAUGAAUCACCUUCUUGUGGCCAUUAUUUCUGUAUCAUCACUCUUUGAAUAUUACAAUACUGUGCUUUGUCUACAAAUAAAAAUCCUAAUUUUU